ACAGCAGCGGCCGCAGCAGCAGAAGAAGAAGAAGAACAGCGGAAUAAUGUAGCUAUUAGUAUUUGUUGUUUUAUGUGUAGAAUGUUAGUUUUUUUAAUUUAAAUUAAAAUAUAGAGAGCCAACCAAGUUGCUCUGUAUAAUGUCACUGACAGCAACUGAUAAGAAUGAAGUUGAAUCUUCAGAAACUUUAUCAGCGGCUUCCAAAGAUGAAGCAUUUCCAUCUGGACACACAAGUUCCACAGCCAGACAUUUAUCUCAGGAGGAGCUGGACAGACUGAACAACGAGCGAGCUUUGGUGUCCGACUUCAAACAGAUGAAACUGGAAAAAGAAGCUCAAAAAAACUGGGACUUGUUUUACAAAAGAAAUACGACGAAUUUCUUCAAAGACAGACACUGGACCACGAGGGAGUUUGAGGAGCUUAGAGCAUGUAGAGAGUUUGAGUCCCAGAAGCUGGUUCUCCUGGAGGCUGGCUGUGGAGUAGGAAACUGCAUCUUCCCUCUAUUAGAGGAAGACCUGAACAUCUUUGUUUAUGCAUGUGAUUUCUCACCCCGCGCUGUUGAGUUUGUGAAAAAAAAUCCUCUCUUCCGGCCUGAGCGCUGCUGUGCCUUCCAGUGUGAUUUAACAAAAGACGAUCUGACAGAAAAUGUUCCAGAGGGCAGCGUGGACGUCGUCACUCUCAUCUUUGUCCUGUCGGCUGUCCAUCCUGAUAAGAUGAAGCUGGCAUUGCAGAACAUUGGCAUGGUACUGAAGCCUGGCGGUGUCGUCCUGUUCAGGGACUAUGGCCUGUAUGAUCACGCUAUGCUCCGCUUUAAAUCUGGCAGCAAGCUGGGGGACAACUUCUACGUUCGCCAGGAUGGAACAAGGUCCUACUUCUUUUCUAAAGAGUUCCUGGCUGAGCUGUUUGAGGAGGCCGGCUUCCAGUCUGUGAUUAAUGAAUAUGUCCUGAGAGAGACGGUCAACAAGAAAGAAGGACUAUGUGUUCCUAGAGUUUUCCUUCAGAGCAAGUUUAUCAAACCACCACAUUUCUAAAGCGAUCUGGGACUGUUAUCUCUCUUCUUAAAAGGAGAGAGCAAAGAUGAGUGCUGAAAGUAAAACAAUGAAUGUCUGCUGAGCAAAACUGGGAAUUAAAAUCACUGACUCGGGUUGUUUUAUGCUCCAACUUCAGUGUUUAAAUUCUUUUUCCAGCUCAUUGUUCAUGAAGAGCAUGGGAAUUUUUUUUUAAAUAUUCUGUUUGUUUUCUAUCAUUUUGUCAUUUUUUUUCUAUCUCUGCCAUUUAUCUUAUCAAAAUAAAACGUAAAACCAGAUUAAGUAGUUUCAGAUUAGUCCUUUCUAAUGGUCUCAGUAUUUUAUCAUUGGUCAAAAAUAAUGUAACUUAAACAAAUAUAGAAUUACAUUGUCUAUAAUUUGUUUUUUUUAUGGAACAAUCACUGCAAUGUCAGCUGGUUGCUAUGCACCUUCAUAUUCAUCAAAACCUGAUGGAAUCUUUGACAAAAAUCUUGAUUUAUAUGUUAAUAAAAUGCUAGAUUGCCGUGAAACGUUUACAUUUGUAAUGGCACAUUCUGGCCAGAAGAGUGUGCUGUUAUUAUGCGAAAGAAUUAAAUAUAAAAUUUUAAGUGUGGUCUGUCAGAUUCUAGAAAUAAAAACGCCUUUCUAUAUCUGCAUUUCUACAUAUAAUUUGCUUCAGUUUAACUGUGGCUUCAUUCCAAAGAAGCAUUUAUUGACCUUCUCUGCCUUUGACUGAAACAUUGAGGUAACAAACGUCACACUGAAGGAGCUUCAUCCUAAAAAACAAAA